AGAGUUUAUUAUCAUGUGAUGUUUUCAUUUCCGUCUCAACGUGGAAGAAUGAAAUCACCUAUUUUUUUGUUUCUUUUUUUUCUGUUUUUAAGCUAUUCAACAACUGAACAAAUAAUCAACGAUCAUUUAUAUGAUAAUGACCAUUAUCUUAAUUUUACUCAAUGCUCAAAGGUGAUAGACAAUCUUGUUGCAACUCACUUGAAUAUCGCUCAAAAAGUUUUAUUAUGGAACACUAAGAGUGGUCAAAGUGUUAUAGGAAUACGAAUAACUGAUAAUCCAUUGCUAAGAGAAUUUGAUGAGCCAAUGGUUAAAAUUACUGGUAGUAUACAUGGAAAUGAAGCUAUUACUAGCCAAACAAUAUUGAAUCUUGCACAUUUCUUAUUAAAUAAUUAUACUAAUAAUCCUACUGUUCGUCAACUUGUAGACAAGACGGAUAUAUAUUUAAUUCUUAGUUUGAAUCCGGAUGGAUUAAAUAAAGCCAUAAAAGGAAGUUGUAAUGGUACAACGGGACGAUAUAAUUCCAACAAUUACGACUUGAAUGGAAAUUAUCCAGACAGAUGGAGAAAUUUACCUAAAGCACCAAUAGAUCCAGAAGCUAAAAAAAUGAUGGAUUGGUUAAAUAGCAAAAUGUUUGUUCUUUCAGCUAAUAUUAGAGCUGGAAAUUUACUUGUUACAUAUCCAUUCAAUGGAAAAGAUUCCCUUAAUAAUUCAGCAACAAAAGACGAUCUUUUAUUUCAGGAAUUGGCUAAUUCAUUUAUAUCAAAAUUUCCAAAUUAUAAAAAUGAUAAAUGCAAUUUGCCUAAAGAACUUCAAUAUGCAAAUGGAUAUACUGUUGGUGCUAAUGUAAACCAUGACAAUGGAAGUUUACAAGAUUAUAUAUACAGUCAUACAAACUGCUUGGAACUUUCUUUAGGUGUUUCUUGUUGUAACUUUCCAAGUGACUCCGUACUUAAAAAACAAGUGUCAAAAACCACAAUGGCUCUUGUUAAUUUCAUUGGAAAAGCUCAUAUCGGUAUGAAAGGUCUAGUUAGAAGUAAAGCGGGUCAACCUCUUCAAAAUUCAAUAGUAACCGUUAAAUAUAUAAAUGGUACAUCAGCCGGUAAAAAUGUCAGAACGUCCAGCGACGGUUACUUCUGGCGUUUAUUACUACCGGGAUCAUAUAAAGUAGGAGUCUAUGCAACAGGCUACCAUACUCAGUGGAAACCUGUAACCAUAGCAACAAGAUCUUACGAAUAUAUAUAUAAUUUGGAAAAGAUAAAGGAAGAGAUUAGGGAUAAGUCUUCUUAUUCUCAUCAAUCGAUACGUACAAAAGUUAAUAAAGAAUUGGCAUAUAUUAUAAACUGCACAAAUAAAUUCAUGGAUUAUAAAUCAAAAAAAGAAUCAAAUUGGAUUGAGCCUACAAUAAUGCGCCAUCUUGAUGACAAACAAUUGGAAAAAACUCUAAUAAGUUUAACGUCAAUGACAAACUGUUCAAAAAUUACAAGACUUUAUUCAGUUGGUAAAUCGGUUCAAGGUAGACAGUUAUGGGUUGUUGAAAUAAGUGAUAAACCUGGAUUUCAUCAAUUAGGUAAACCCGAAUUUAAAUAUUUAUCAACCAUGCAUGGAAAUGAAGUUGUUGGUCGUGUCUUAUUAGUUAAUUUAAUACAAUUAAUAUGCUUUAACUAUGGAAAGGAUAGACUAAUUACAAAACUUGUUGAUAAUACUAGAAUACAUCUUAUGCCAACAAUGAAUCCUGAUGGUUAUGCGAAAGCUUAUAUAAAUUCAAGAAUUGAAGGAAGACCAAAUAGCCAUCAUGUUGAUUUAAAUCGAAAUUUUCCGGAUGCUUUUUUCCCAACGAGAAAAGAGAUGCAAAAGGAAACAAAAAUUGUUAUUGAAUGGAUACACAGUUAUCCUUUCGUAUUAUCCGCAAAUUUGCACGGUGGUUCAUUAGUUGCAAAUUAUCCUUUGGAUGAUAACAAAGAAAGAAAAUCAUCUUAUAGUAAAAGUCCAGAUGAUGAUAUUUUUCGCAGAUUGGCUAAAUCUUACUCUUUUAGUCAUUCAAAAAUGUAUAAAGGUGAUGCCUGUUCAGAAAAAUUUAAAGAUGGUAUAACUAACGGAGCAGCAUGGUACUCAGUGGCCGGUGGAAUGCAAGAUUAUAACUAUUUUCAGAGUAAUUGUUUUGAAUUAACAAUGGAACUUGGAUGUGUGAAAUAUCCUCCAGCAAAGGCUCUUAAAGAAAUUUGGAAUGAUAAUAAAUAUUCACUUAUUACAUAUAUGUCUCAGGUUCAUAAAGGUAUAAGAGGAUUUAUCAGAGAUGGCUCAACAUCUAAAGGUAUAGGAGGUGCUACGAUAAAUGUUACAUCGAUUCGUCAUAUCAUUAAAUCAGCCGAAGGUGGAGAUUAUUGGCGUCUAUUGGCUCCCGGAAAUUACGAAGUAGAAGUAUCUACUAUUGGAUAUCUAUCUCAAAAGAAGGCUGUUACCGUUACUAACAAUCAAGCAACAUUUGUUGAUUUUGAUUUACUAAGAAAGGAUAGCCAACUUAUAUUAUCUGACAAGGAUACUUACACAGUUGAAGAGAACGUUAAGGCAACUUAUUCAAUUUCAAACUUAACAAAACAUAUGCAAGAUAUAGCUAAUAGAUUCGAUAAGAAUGUCUCAAUUAGCAGAAUAUUUGAUCUACCAAUGUUAGAAUUUUCUAAACCUAACCGCAUUGAAAAGAGUACCAUUCUUAUCAUUGGAAGUUAUAAAGCGGACGAACCUAUUGGAAGUGAAGUUGCCCUACGAUUUGCAAGACAUUUAGGUUCUAUUAUGUCGAGUGGAGAUAUUGAAUACCUAAUGAAAGACAUUCGAGUAAUCAUUUUACCUAGCCUUUAUAUAAAGUCAUCUCAAAGCUUGGUUAAAGGAGAUUGCAGCGGCGAAAGUUAUAAGGAUAAAGCGAAUUCUUUUCCAUAUUCCGGAACAAUUGCAUCUCAAGCUCUUAGUCUAAUUCUUGAGAAACGUAAAAAUAUUGACGUUAUAUUAACUUUAACAGCAGGUGGAAUAAAACUACAACAGAAUAAAAAUAAUGCACUUUUAAAACGACUUUCAAAAUCUUUUAUGAAAGCAUCCAAGUUAAAUUGGAAUGAAGAUUGUGAUUAUUCCUCGGUAACUAACUUCAGCGAAGAUUUAAGACAAAUUGAGGAUGGGAUUUUUAAAGAUUUCCCACGCUUGAACAUAGGUAUAUCGUGUUGUAAAUAUCCAGAUUCAAAACAAAUUCCACUCAUUUUUAAUGAGCAAGUACAAUCUUUAAUGAACGUUUUAAAAUGUAUGACAAUGUAUAUAAGUGGAAUAAUUCAAGAUAAAUACGAAAAAGAGAUUAGUAACGCAACAGCGUAUAUCUACGAAACGAAAUAUGAAGUAGUCGGAUCUCGUUUCCUCUUUCUACUCGAUCAAGGAGUAUAUACUAUCCGAAUUGAAGCUAAAGGAUAUAAACUAAAAAUCUUAAGCAUUAAUCUUAAAAAGGAAAGGGUGUUUAAGACUAUUACCCUUGAAUAUUCUUCAUCUUUUCGCCAUUACGAUACGCCUUAUCAAAUCGUUGAAUCUCUACCAAAUCAUGGUAAUACAGAAUGUAAUAAUGGUCCAACUGCUUGUAUUGUCCAUAUAAAACCUCCAAUAAAUUCAUUCAAGGUCCGCUCUAAAAUAGCCAUCGUAGGAGGCUUUACAACUACCGAUCGUUACUCGGCCGAGUUAUUGACUGCUUUUCUUCAAGACUUAUUCAUCAAUAGAAAAAAUUCGGAAUUAACGAAAAAUCUCUUAUCCGUAGAUGUAUCAGUAAUGCCGUUAAUUAGUAGUCCCUAUGCAUGGGAAGCUAAUAAUUCGUGCCAAACAAACACUUUCAUCAAAGAAGAGGUUAAAAAUCGUUUAUUAUAUUUUAUGAAGAAAGAUUCAUAUGACUUGGUACUAUUGGUAAAUAGUUUUGGUAGUUUUCAACACUCAACAGCAAAAGGAUUACGUAGUCAUGCAAUUGAAAAAAUAAAAUCUCUAUUUCCUGAUUGUAAAGAAAAGAAGAAAGAAUCUCAAAUGAAAUUAUUCUUAGAUGAAAUUUCAAAAGAAACAAAAACUAUGAUAAUUAGCGCGCCAAUUUACUGUUGUGAAUCUUUUAACGAUAGAGAAGUAGUUCAUCAAAGUUCAGAACUAAAUUGGAAAUUAAAAGAAGUUAUAUCACAGACGAGUAAUGCUCUUAAACUUAUUGUUCGUAAUUCUAAAUCAACUACAUCAAUUAAAAAUUGUAAAAUUUAUAUUAAUAACGAAGAAUUCCUCUCAAAGAAAGGGAUGCUAUCGCUAUUCAUUAAGAAAGGUUUAUAUAAUAUUAGGAUCUCGGCUGAAGGAUAUCAAGAAACGUCAAUUAAAAUAGUAUUACCUUUGAAUGAUAAAGAAUUAACUAUAAAUUUAAUACCAAUGAAAAAUCAGAGUUUAUUAUUUACAUUUCUUUGGAUUAUGAACGCUUUUAUUGUUAUCUCAAUAGUCAUCAUCUUUACACUAAUGUUUUGCUUUCGUAAAGACACGAAAGCCCAACAAACCAAAAGAAAAUUUGGAAGUUUUGAUAUUGUACCUCUUCUAGAGGAGGACUCUGACGACGGACUUUAGUUCACAGAUUUCAUAUAUACUGUAUCAAAGAAAACUGUAAAUAAUUUAAUAAUUGAAAUGACAAUAUUUCGUUCUUUAUAUUCUAUUAUUAUUUUCUUUUAUAAAAAUAAAAAACGUAACGAAAAAAGGCA